AUACUGUCAGUGUCAGAUUCUGUUUACACGAUUUAGUUUUCUACUUUACAAUUUUAUACAAAACUAAAAAUCACUGAUUAAUUUGAGUUAACAUAAUAUAUGGCUGAAGCAAAAAAAUUACCGCAGUAUUUAGCAGCAGUAUGCGUUUGUAUAGGAGCAUGGGGCACAGGAACAGCCAUUGCCUGGACGUCAAAUAUAUCCGAAGACCUCAAGAACGGAAGGCUAAAUGACUUGAAAAUUACGAACGACGAAUUAGGAUGGAUAGGUUCUCUAAUGACUCUUGGAGCUAUGUGUAUGUGUUUUCCAAUCGGAUGGAUAGCAGAUAAAUUGGGAAGAAAACCUACUGUCUUGUUAACAAUAGUGCCAUUUACUGUCGGAUGGUUAAUGAUUAUAUUCGGAAACAAUAUAGCAAUUAUAUAUGUAGCAAGAUUUCUGAUCGGAGUAGCUGGAGGCAGUUUUUGUGUAACAGCACCAAUGUACACGAGUGAAAUUGCACAAACUGAAAUACGUGGAACUUUAGGUACUUUCUUCCAAUUAUUCAUCACAAUUGGCAUAUUGUAUUGUGGAAUUUUUGGUUUUGCGCUGCAUGUUAAACUUUUCAAUUGGUUCUGUCUCGUAAUUCCGAUCAUUUUUGGUGUUCUUUUUGCCUUUCAACCCGAAACACCUGUAUACGAUCUAAGAAAUAACAAACCUGACAAAGCCGAAAAAUCCUUUAACAAAUUGAGAGGAAAAGAUUAUGAUCACACUGGAGAAGUAAACAUAAUUUUGGCAGAUAUCGAAAAUGAGAAAAAGAUGGUGAGCUUUAAGGAAGCUAUGAAAACCAAAGCUGCCAAAAAGUCAACUUUGAUAUGCUUUAUGUUAAUGUUUUACCAGCAACUAAGCGGUAUAAAUGCUGUCAUGUUUUAUUCCCAAGACAUUUUCGUUACUGCUGGAUCUACUCUAAAGGAUUCGUAUUGUGUAAUAAUAUUACAAACUAUUCAAGUAAUCGCUACAGUAGUUUCUGCUUGGGCUGUCGACAAAUUUGGAAGAAGAAUACUUUUGAUGAUAUCAGCUGCAGCUAUGGCUUUCUCCACUGGACUCCUUGGAAUAUUCUUCUCUCUUAAAGAUCGCGAAGUAUUAAGUGAAUCUGGUGUUAGAUCUAUUGGAUUCAUACCGGUUUUGUCUUUGAAUGUAUUCAUUAUAGCAUUCUCACUGGGAUUUGGACCUAUACCAUGGCUGGCGUCUUCUGAAAUGUUUUCGCCUGAAAUCAAGUCGAUAUGUAGCUCAGCAGCUGCGACGUUUAAUUGGUUUUUGGCGUUUUUGGUUACGAAAUUUUAUUUUGCUUGCGCGAAGGGUUUAGGAACUGAUAUGACUUUUUAUAUAUUUACAGUAAUUUCUGCUACUGCCGUAUUUUUCGUCCUUAUUAUUAUACCGGAAACUAAAGGAAAAACGUUUGCUGAAAUCCAACACGAGUUAGGAUCGUAAUAAUGUAACAUGUUAUGUAUCUAUAAUUUAUUAUGGUUUAAAUUAAAAGUAUAGGUACAAUAUUU